AUGACAGAAAAAACAUUAAAGGAGAUUGUUCUCGACAAUUCAUCCGAGAAUACAAAAGUAAUAUUGGAUGCGAUGAUUCAAUUCCCUCCAAAUAUUACUAGAUUAGCAUUGCACGUUAAUAAAAUGGAUAUCUUAUCUGACAAAUUUAAUAAAUGGAUGGGACUAUCAAAAUUGGAAUCACUGGUUUUGAAAUCAAAGGAUGUAAAAUCUAAAUCGUUUAUUCAAUUGGGAUUAAAUGAUAAAUGCGGAAUUACUGAUGAUCAUUUGCGAAUAUUGACAAAGUAUGCUGAGCAUUAUAAAAGUUUAGAAGAAGUUAGAUUUGACAGGUGGCCAAUAAUUUAUAAAAACCAAGAAAUGGAAAUAAAACGUGGUUACGAAUCGGGUGAAUUUUCAAAAUUAAGCAAAGCAGUGCUUGAAAAGGCAGGAAGAUUUAUUAAAGUUAUCCGAAGGGAUUCAUACGACCCAUUUUUUAAUCCAAUGUAUUCCUAUUGA